AUGGUACAGUUUCAUAUUAAUGAAAGAAUAAUAACAGACAAGAAGCAAAUCGGUACCAUAAAAUAUGUAGGACCAAUACCACAAUGGAAUGUUAUAGCAUUAGGUGUCGAAUGGGAUGAUCCUAAAAAUGGUAAAAAUAAUGGUAUAUUAAAUGGAAUUCAUUAUUUUAAACCAAGGGUUCCACAAUCGGGUUCAUUUAUUAAAUCAACUAGCAAAAAAAUUGAAUCAACUAAAAUCUCUUUUGUUGGUGUCAUCAGUAAUGAAUAUUUAAAUACAAAAUAUGAACAAAGUGAUAUAAAAUUUGGUAGAAAGAAUGUGCAAGAAUUUGGUUGGCAAGAAUUAAAUGAAAAACAAUCAAAUCUUGAAAAUUUGAAAUCAUUAACUUUAGAUUAUAAGUUUAUAAGUAAAAUUUUUGAGAUUAAUAAUGAUGAAGAAAUACAGAUGCUUAAAUCAUUAUCAAAAUUAGAAAAUUUGGAGCUAAGUUGCAAUUUAUUUGAAGAUAUCAAAGAGGUUUGGAUACUUUUAGAUUGUUUGACAAGUUUAAAAACUUUAAACAUAAAUGGUAAUAGAUUUGGCAUAACUGAAAAUCUUCCAAAUAUGAAUAGCCAUGUGACCUCCCUUCAUUUGGCAUCUUGUAUAAUUGAUAUUCCAUAUUUAAAUAAGCUACUUAAUAAAUUUCCAAACUUGCAAAAUUUAAAUAUAGCUAAUAACCAUUAUAAUGAUCUGGAGAUUUUGAAACUCAAAUUACCAAAUAAUAUAACAAAGCUUGAUCUUUCCGGAAACACUUUAAAUAACAUUCCUGAAUUUGAAAAUUUAAAAAAUUUAAAUUUGGCGAAUAACAAUAUCAUGGUUAGCAAACUAUUGGUAUCAAACAAAUAUGAAGCGUUGGAUUUAAGAGGAAAUAAAAUAAGUUCCUGGACUGAAAUUGAUUUAUUAUCAAAUUGUUUACAAAGUUUGAAAGAAUUUCGAGUGAAUCACAAUCCAUUAUUUGAUAUUAUGACCAUAGAUGAAAUGACAGUACAAUUAAUAGGAAGGUUUAGAUGUGGUUUAAAUGAUUUAUACAAACUUAACGGUUCGUUCUUGACUGAAGACGAAAUUGAAAACGCAAAUUUAUACAUAAAUUCUAAAAUCCAAGGAGGUGAAAUAAAAGUCAACAAUAAUUUAAAGCUACAAAAACAGUUUAAUUAUAAAAAUCCAAAACUUCAUGAUUCUCACGAUUUUCCUUGGUUAAACUUAAAUUUCGUAUUACCAGAAACUGGAACUUUUAAUGAAAAAUUUUUAAAAACAACGAGUGUACUUAAGUUAAAAGGAUAUGUUUCUAGGAAAUUGAAUAACUUAUCCAUUUUGAAAUUUGAAAUUCAAAGUAAAUCAAAUGACGAUAUCAAUAAUCAUAGAUUAGAAAAUAAUUUAUCUACAAUCAAAGAUUAUUCAUUAGAAAAUAAUCAAACGUUAUAUAUUAAUUUUGUAUAA